AUGGCAGUAGCCUACAAACUGAAAUCAAGAUGGCAGCCACCAUGAAGAAAGGAGUGGGUGUAGAAGAUGUCAACGUAACGUUUGAAGAUCAACAGAAGAUAAACAAAUUUGCCAGAAACACAAAUCGAAUGACUGAACUCAAAGAUGAAAUAGAAGCUAAAAAGAAAUCAUUACAGAAUCUGGAAGAUGCUAGUGAUGACCUGAUGAUGUGUGAGGACGACUCCUUGUUAAUCCCGUACCAAAUAGGAGACGUUUUCAUCAGCCACUCUCAAGAGGAAACGCAGGAGAUGUUGGAGACGGCAAAGGAGUCCCUGAAAGAUGAGAUCAAAGCUCUGGAAGGAAGAGUAUCGUCCAUACAGGAGCUUUUGGGGGACCUGAAGGUUCAGCUCUACGCCAAGUUUGGAAACAACAUCAACCUGGAAGCUGAUGAGAGCUGAAGUCUUCACUGAAGUGGACCAAGCUUUACCUACUUACAGACUUUAAAAGGUGCAUGGCACACCUGAUGAAUGAAUUUCACUUUGCCAAGACGGCCCAUUUUUAUUUUCACGAUUUCUUUUUUCUGUAAGUCCUGUCUCACCAUGUGUGUGGUGUGUCACAUGAGCACCUGUCAAGCAAAGCAGUCAGUAUGUGAGAAGUUAAAGUGAAGUCUUAAAUAAGGGUCGACACUCCUAGGCUGAGAUCUCAUCAUUAAACAUUUGAAACUGUGGUCAAAAAAUAGUUGUCCUUGUCCUCAGAAUGUACUUCUCUUUUUCACCCAUAAUCACAAUUACAAUCUUGUUGAUUGAA